AUGUCAUCACGCAAUCGAUCAAAAAGUCGAACAUAUUAUUCACAAACAGGUGAUCAUUAUGUGGAUAGCAAAUCUAAGCAGUUACUCUUCCAGGAAGCUCAAGUGUGUACAAUGGGAAGAACUUUAUUGAAAAACGGUGAAGCAUUUGAUCCAAACGCAGCUGAUACUUUAAUAGAGAAACACUUUAAACGGCGAAAAUCCCAUGGUUCAAUGUACUGUUUAGUUGACAGAGUAAGAUUCCAAAAAAGCAGAUCGACUGGUUCAAGUUCAUACAGACCUGAUCUAACUUACAGAGAAAUUGUCAGCUUUUAUGAACAUAGAAGUCGACCCGAUUGUUUCACAUUAGGAAUAGAAGAUGAGAGAACUGGCAGACGUUCCUAUGAAUCGUAUAAAUGUAAGAGACCUGAAGACGUCGGUUUACUACGCAAUACAAUUCUUAAAGCACAACAAGAUCCACAUUUUCUACUAAAAGAUUCUGCAGCGAUCCGUCAAAUUUCAGUAUCACCAACAUACUAUCACAAUGCUUCACCUCGAAAUGGUCCAGUUACAGUGAUUACUGUUCCAUCAGAUCACAGCAGAACGUAUGAGAGGCCUGUUCGAUCCCCAUCACCAGUGUACAUUAGACCUGUGACUAGAACAAGUGUACGUCGUUCGCCUUCACCAGAAGACGUCUAUGUAUAUCGUAACAGUCGACCAGUUAGUAUUGAACGACGAUAUGAACCAAACGAUCGAAGCAGACCACGUAGUGUGACAAGUUAUAGGACAACAUCUAGUCCAGGGUUAAAUGAUGAAGUUACUUAUCUGAAAGUAGAUAAUCAAGCUGGCGCUCAGGUAACUUCUCAUGGUCCAAUAUACAUGUAUGUAUCAAGAACAAGACCUACAGAUGAUUUAAUCUCAUCACCAGAUGUAUCAAGCUAUCAACCAACAAGGAGAAGCAUCUAUUAUAACAGAUAA